AUGCCUCCCACUGCAGGCACACGAACCUCUACACGGCAGGGUCGCGCCACCGUCCGACCUACAAACUACUAUGCGCGCAGCUUCGCGGGCCGGCUCGCUGCACACGGGCUGGAAGAGACACCUGAAGCGGCCAACAGCGCGCCCGGCUUCUUCCCCGCCCUCACCCACUUCACCGGUGCUGUCGACGCCUUCCCAAAAGAGGUCAUCAAGCACUUCUCCAUGUUCAAGGAGGUAGAGGCCAAGCUGCACGACCCUGAGCUGCUGCUGGAAGAGCUGCUCAGCGAAAUCGCUCGCCAACCCAUCACCACCAACGCCCAGCAGCGCGCAAUCGAGCAGUCUGCCGACGACAACGUCCACAGCGCAAAUCAGCCCCCGUCCAACCUCGACAGCCUGCCGCCCGAGGAACAGGCCGUGAUCAGAAAACGCCAGCUUUUCCUCCGCCUACGCAUGCUCAUCCAUAACGUCCUGCCCACACUAGACGAGAAGCUGGUUGUGCUGCAAGGCGCAAAGGCCACGAAAGACAAGGGCCUCACGCGCAUGAAGCACUCGUACUCGCAGCUCGACACCGAGAUCAGCGAAGAGGCGCGUUACGGCAGUCUCACACACUGGGCAUACGCGGACAAGGAAGAAAAGAAAAAGGGCGCUCCAAACCAUGAGCGACAGAGGCGAGAAGUGGCUGCGGCCAACAAUCUGGCCGCAGCUGCUCAGCAUGUGCAUGACGUGGACUCGAUUGCUGCUAAGAGCGAGGCCCGUCGCGAGGCAGUGCUAGCUAAGCGCAGCCGCCAGCAACAGGCUGACUCCGACUUCGAUGACAGACCGGCGGCGAAGAAGCCACAGAAGAGGAAAGCCCAUGCACCGGACACAUCAGCCGCAGACCAUCGCAGCGCGGGGCUGGGUAUAUCGAGCAGCGCUGCAGGUCAACAGGGCAAGAGAAAGAAGACGGAGAAAGCUCUGGCCGCAGCUGCACCAACAGCUGUUCCCAUGGAGCGAUCGGUGAGCGGCGCUUUGAAGGCUGCGGGCAACAACGUACGAGCCGGCUCCAGCCCUCGAGCAACGCCCAGCAUCGAGAACGGUGCUCCGGCCAAGCGAAAGCCACGCACAGCCCCUGCACCCGCCCCUCGCAAGAACCAGCUGCCUACUUACUCUCCUCCCCCCGCCUCCUCGCCGCUUGCUGCAAACUUCGCCAUCAACAAAGCCACCGCGGGCGCCACGGAUCGCCCGCUUUCUUCGAGAGCAAGGAAGAACUCCACCUCAAACUCUGUUGCAUCCGCCAGCGUGCCCGAACCCACGCCUGUCCGUCGACCGUCUACUUCACACUCUGUCCAGCAGAUCCCAAGUAAUAACGCAAUUGCUGAGCUCGAGCAGGCUGCGGGUAUCGUGCGCGAUCACGAUUCUGCAAAGGACACGUCGACACCGCAAGAGACUACAGAAGGUCCAGCCUCGUUAGUGCCGACAGUCCUCAAGCAAGAAGACCAAGAGCAUGUUCGGGAGGAACCAGAAAGCAUGGACAUCGAUACUCCAGUGGCAAUGUCAUCUGCGGCUAGGGCUGCUCGAGCAUCUAAGCCUGGGACACCUGUUGUAGGGAAUUUUCCCGAGAUUCCCAUGGCGCGCAGUCGUAGCACUCGCAAUGCGCAGAACGGCAACUCAACUUCCAACGGCUCUUCGGAGAACAACAGCACAACGACAGGCACGGCGUCGAAGCGAGGCAACAAAAAGAGCGGACCAUCUACCACAUCAGCAAUCGACUCGCCCGCAUUGAAAGCCACACCACUCGCAAAAUCGAAUCCUCCUUCCUCCGCAGCGAGUUCCGUUGUCCCUGAACAGGAAUACCAAGAUGCAGAGACAGAUGAAGGCGACGACGAGCCGCGGUACUGCUAUUGCAACGAGGUGUCGUAUGGCCAGAUGGUCGCCUGCGACAACGACGCCUGCCCCCGCGAGUGGUUCCACCUUCCCUGUGUGCAACUCGAGAAAGCACCCGUUGGCAGGACCAAAUGGUUCUGCAGUGACGAAUGCCAAGAGCAGCACGCAAAGUCCAAGGCGAAGGGGAAACGUCCGGGUAGUAGUAGACAAUAG